UCUAUUCUCCUUUCUUAAGCAGUCAUAAGUACGUUCUUUCUGGAGCCCAGAGGAGACAAAUCCAGUCCAUUUGGAAAGCACUACUUACUUCUUCCUGUUCGAUCUGUUUUCCUGAUCCAUCACCUGUGUUAUUGACAAUGGCAGAAAUGAACAAGACUGACAUCCAGCAGCCCAAAGAUCGUCAGAAGCCCAUAAAGACGGAAUGGAAUUCCCAGUGUGUCAUUUUCACUUAUUUCCAAGGAGACAUCAACAGUGUCGUGGAUGAGCACUUCUCAAGAGCUCUGAGCAAUAUCAAGAGGCCCCAAGGAUUGAACUCCUCAAGCCAGAGUGAAGAUGUGAUCCUGAGGAAUGGUGAGCAUCUCAGGAGGGAGGAGGCAGCAAUUUCCUGUCCAAGCUUUCACUAUAGUGACAUGCCUCCAAAUCAGUGGCGUUUCUCUUCUCCUUGGACGAAGUCACAGCUGGAAAUGUCGCGUGCAAAUAGUGCCAACAACAGCAGCUUGAAUAUGUCUGGUCCCUUGCCUGUGAAUCAGUAUCCACUGUCUCUGCCUGAGACCCACUCUGUUCAGCCUCGGGAUCUGUGGCAUUUCCCCUCCCUAGCCAGCCCCAGGUCCCUGGAGCCUGGCUACUCUCAUGUCUUUCCGGAUGGGCACCUGGUUCCAGAGCCCCGGCCUGAUGGGAAAUGUGAGCCUCUCCUAGGUCUCCUCCAGCAAGACAGAUGUCUAAACUGUCCUCAGAAAUUUGCCACGAGGGAGGAUCGCAACCCUGUCCAGAUAGCCGGAAGCACAGGAUUGCUUUUCAACCUACCGCCCAGAUCAGUCCACUGUAAGAAAAUAUAUGUCUCCCCGAGUCAUGGACCUGCCAGUCCCAACCUUGCAAAUGAAAGAAGCCAAUCUCCAGAGAGAAGAAAAGAUCUGUACUAUUAUUAACUGCGGUCUGAAGAAGAGAAAUAUUCUUUCUAAACCUGCUUAUGAUUUUCUACUGUGAAUCCACAGGGUCUAGAGACCCCACUGUCCUUUUCUUUUUCUGCCCCUAAAGAACAUUUCUGCCCUCCCUAAGAUUGUGCAUUUCUCUUCCUUGGUAACUAUGUCCUAUACGAGAGUUUUCCAAACUUGCUAAGUGAUUUCCCAGCAUGUUAAAGAGCUGUUCCAGGGUGGAGGGCAUAGAGGCCCACCUGCUUGUUCAUACCCACUGCACUUAGAGAUCACAGCAUCUUGAUUCUCCCCAGCAGUAACCUUUGAACCAAGGCUGACCACAUGAUAUUUAUUCUAUGGGUGGUUUAGUCAGCUUUCUCGAUGCUGUGACUAAAGGAUCUGACCAGACCAACCAUAGAGAAGGAAAACUUUCUUUGAGGGCUCACAGUUUCAGAGGUCAUAGUCUAUAGAAGGCUGGCUCCAUUUCUUGGGGCCCAAGAUGAGGCUGAACAUCAUGGAGGAGUGUGUGGCAGUGGGAAGCAGCUUAUAUCAUGGAGAUUAAGAAGCAGAGAGACUCCACUCGCCCGAUAUAAAUAUAUACACCAAAGCCACAACCUAAUUCCCACCUCCUCCAGCCACACCCUACCACUUUAGUUAAUCCCACCAGGGAUUAACUCAUUGGUAAGGUUAAGGCUAUAACUCAAUCAUUUCUCCUCCAAACCUUCUUGCGCUGUCUCACAUGUGAGCUUUCAGGGGACACCAAAUCAAAACCAUAACAAUAGGUUUGUCCCAUGAUCCCAACUGAAUUAAUGUGUCAAGAACAGCCUAUAGCUUUCCAGUCUUCACUAGACUGUGGCCAACCUCACCCCUUCCUCUACCAAAAGCAGAAUGAAAAUGAGGUGGGCAAGACCUACCAAGAAUGGGCUGAGGCUGUGGGCUCUCUACUGGUCCAAAGUCUGGAAAGAAGCUGAGAAUUCUCCAUCUGGACUUGAUGAAUGAAAUAGUUUCACUUAGAAAAUUUGUUUCCUCAAUUCCCCCCCCCCAAAAAAAAUGAUUCCAAAUGGAAUUGUUGGGAAGUCCAAGAACCUAACUUAUUGGAAAUUGAGAAAAUUUCCCUGUCCCACAUUGAGCCUGUUAGUGGAACAGAAUUUGCUGUUGCUGUAGCAAGAAUGUUUUUUGGAUACAGUGUGUAAAUUUCUGUCUUCCUUGGCCCUGAUGUUGAGGACUCUGGCAUCUGACACCACAUGGAUACUCGCAACAUCUUUAGUCAAGUUGGAGGAGCAAGACAAGACUUGGUCCAAGACAUAGCAGCAGAACCUUCGUGUAGAUUAUUCCAGAUAAAAUGAUAAUUGCCAAUCUGGUAGACAGCCUUGUGUCUAGUAUGAGCUGGAUGUUUGCCCUGUGACAGUCCUAGAAUCCCCUGCCAUAAAUGUUCUCCAUUUGUGCCCCACUUGCUCUUGGGUAAUAGCUAAAAGGGUGAAUAAUAAUAAAGCUAUACUUUUACAGAUUA